CUUCCAAAUUCACUAUCUACAUAUUAUGUAGUAUUCAAAUCAUAAACCAGCAUUGACAUUCCUAUACUGGAUCUUUGUGAAUUGCCCCUUUAUGACCCUUUUUACCGCGAAUUAUGGCUCUCUUUCAAUGAUGAUUGGCCCACGAUGGUGAGUUCGGGAAGGCGGAGACUCAGCCUCGUUGCGCCUGGCAAUAUAUUUUAUUACCAGCCCUUUCUAGUUCCUGUCGGAGUCAAAGAAUAGUACAACAUUCUCACUAUCCCUCACUAUUGUGCACACAGGCAGCUACGCCUGCCUACCUUUGAAAAUCCCAUAUUGCCACGGUAGCUCCUGCCUUUACGCCCCUCCGCCAAGGCCGCGACAAACAACCAUAACCAACAUGCUCUCCCAACGCUGAGCUGUCCAAGUUCAGCGCUUCACCAUGUCGGGCCAGGAGCUGGUAGCUUACGACGAGUAUCGUGACUAUCCAUUCCUGACCCCCGAUGAGUUCGAGCUCGCAUGUCAUUACUUGGAAAGUAUAUAUAUAAACGCGAACUUGGGACAGGCGAGGGGGAAAUUCAAGCUUCGCCUGCAGAGAUCGCUGACUGGUGGUCCCUCGUACCUCACUAUUGCUACGCCUAUUACUAUUGCGGAUGGCAAUAUCGAUGAGCUCCUCGGCAUGGGCUUCUUGAGUGCGAGUGAUGGUGCAGACGAGGAUAUGGAUGGGCUCCAGGGCAUGGACGUCGAGGGGGAAGAUGGAGACUCUGAUGCUCUACAUCCCAACGGAGCGGGCGAUAGCUUACUCGACGGCCCAUAUGUCCAAUAUGAAAUCCACCUCCACCCUACCUACCGAACACCCGUCUUGUGGUUCCACCUACAUAAUCUUCCAAACGAUGCCAGGGCAUUCGAUAUCGAAUCUGUCUACCGAUAUCUCGUUCCGGAUAUUCUCAAGGCUGAGUUGAGAUCUGUAGGCGUUAUGGGAGGGAUAUCCGCAGCCCACCAUCCCAUUACGGACCUUCCCUGCUUUUUCAUGCACCCAUGCAACACCAAGGAGGCCAUGGAACAGUUCCGAGCAAAGCUUAGCGACUACUUGAUGAUCUGGCUCGGUAUCGUUGGGUAUUACGUUGGUCUGAAGUUACCACUUGCCAUGGCAUGAAUUCCAUAACAGACUAGAGAAGGCUAUGCCGAAACUGACUACUUUUGUCGAUCCCAUUA